AUGUCUUUGAAGCUGUUCUCCUGCCUUUUUGUGCUCACCCUGGCUGCCAUCGCCUGUGAGGGACAGCCCCAGUACAAUCCCUAUCUGCGCAAUCCCUACUACAGGGAUCUCUACUACAGGAACCGCGAUCUCUACAAUCUUCGCCGUUUCUACGAUGGCUUCUACAAGAAGUACAAUCCCUACAUCGCUGCUGCCCAGGCUAGGAUUGUGGAACAAAACAAUGAUGCGAACUACGGAGCGGGUUCCUAUUCCUACAACUAUGAAACGGAGAACGGCAUCCAUGGCGAGGAGCGGGGAGUGCCAGUGAACAUUGGCAACCAGCAGCAGGAGGAGCAAGUGGAGGGUGCCUAUUCGUUCAUCACACCCGAGGGUCUGCGUGUGGGAGUCAAGUAUCUGGCUGAUGCCAAUGGCUUCCGUCCCGUGAUCACCUAUGAUGGCGUGAACUCCGCUUUUUAUGCCAGUCAGCCAGCCCCAGCCAAUGUGGUCUAUACCAAACACUAA